GCGAGAGCUGCGCGAGUUCCGCAUUUCGGAGUGGGGGGCUCGGGUGGGCGGCUCCUGGGCGCGCGGCGGGCCGGGAUCGUCAGUCUGUCCGUCAGUCCGUCCGUGCGCGCGUGUGGGUCCGGGGGCACCGUUGCCCUCCCUCCUGGCCCCCCCAGCUGCCGCGCCCCGCGACGAGAUGAGUUUCCUUUUUAGUAGCCGGUCUUCCAAGACCUUCAAGCCCAAGAAGAACAUCCCAGAAGGCUCCCACCAGUAUGAGCUGCUCAAGCACGCAGAAGCCACUCUGGGGAGUGGGAACCUGCGACAGGCCGUCAUGCUGCCUGAAGGCGAGGACCUCAAUGAGUGGAUCGCAGUAAACACUGUGGAUUUCUUUAAUCAGAUCAACAUGCUCUAUGGGACCAUCACUGAAUUUUGCACGGAAGCAAGCUGCCCAGUGAUGUCUGCAGGCCCCAGAUAUGAGUACCACUGGGCGGACGGCACCAACAUCAAGAAGCCUGUUAAAUGUUCUGCUCCCAAGUACAUCGACUACCUGAUGACGUGGGUUCAGGACCAGCUGGACGAUGAGACGCUUUUCCCAUCCAAGAUCGGGGUGCCGUUCCCCAAGAACUUCAUGUCGGUGGCCAAGACCAUCCUGAAGCGCCUGUUCCGGGUCUACGCACACAUCUACUACCAGCACUUUGACGCCGUGAUGCAGCUGCAGGAGGAGGCUCACCUCAACACCUCCUUCAAGCACUUCAUCUUUUUCGUGCAGGAGUUCAAUCUGAUCGACCGCCGGGAGCUGGCGCCUCUUCAGGAGCUGAUUGAGAAGCUUGGCUCCAAGGACAGAUAGACAGCCCCAGGAGGACGGCCCCCAGCCCCCGGCACAGCCCGAUCUAAAGGGUCGCUUCCUUUGCUACUGCCACGCCUUCCUCUUGUUCAGUCAAGGUGCCUCAGUGGGACCAACACCUCUUCCUCUUGCCUGGAGCCAGACUGGCCAAAGCCUUUGCACCCUCUGCCUCGGGGCAGCCCUGGGCCCCUCCUGCUCCUCCUAGUGGGGCAUCCUGGGUACCUAACCGCAGUUAUUUCUUCUAAGUCACCUGUCACUUGUUCCCUGGUUGGAGGGGGAGGCGGGCCUCCACUGUCCUGUAUGGGCUUUCUUUUUAGGCAGAAAUUCUGGUUCCAGGCUCCCCCUUCACCCCCCCCCCCCAGCCGCUUCUUACAGUAUUUGUGGGGAUGGGUCUGGGAUUUAAGAUGUCCCACCCAUCGUCGGUAGACUUAGAGCUGUGGGAAAAGAUCUCAAAAGCAGUGUCAGCUUCUCCAGAACUUGGUCUUUUUGGACGGCCGGGUGACUUCUAGUCUCUCACAAGUUUGGGAAAAGGAUCUCUCCUUUUCCCAGUGUGGUGUCCGCUAUGGGGGAGGGGCUGAUUAGGAGAUGAGGAAAAAGCUCUGUGUUGCUCCGUUCCGAGCGUGCGGGACUACUUGGAGGAGUGACUCUGAUAGGCUGCCCCUCCUGGGACCCAGCCCACUGCUAACCAGCCACAGGUGGCACCAGCCACCCACCAGCAACCAAAGGAAUUUCUAACCCAGAUGGGACUUGGCUUUGGGGCAUCGAUUCCCUCAAGGGAGGGAGCAUGGUGCUUCCCCCCUGCCAUGACUCCUUAGACGAUUUCUAAAUAGAGACCUUCAGUUCCAGUUCCCCGAGGCUUGGGAGCUUGGGUGUUCUAGGAAGAUCGGGACUUGGACUCACUUGGGUUUUGCAGAACAGAAAUGCCCUGUGUGCAGAGGCGGGUCUCAGAGCCACUCUUUGCGUUUUUGUCUUUAAAUUUCCCACAACAUUUGACACGCUGGAUGGGAACCACUUGUGUUUAGGACUGCGCAUGCUCUGUUGGUUUCAGGUUUACUUGGUUCUUUUUCGGCUGUUUUCUCCAUGCACUUUGAAUGAACCUUAACUGCCUUAUGAAGCAGGCCAUUAGCAUAGGGGGGACUCUGGGAGGCCCUGGGGAAGCCGUCUUGUGGGCAGAGGUCCCUGGCGUUCUCGGAAGGGCUCCAGCCUAAGGGGCUUGCUACCAACAGUCACCAACUGCCCCGCUGGAUUCCACCCACAGGACAAAAGGCAUUGGACCCUGGGGGAAAAGGCACUUCCUUUUUAUGCUUAGUGUAUUUUUGUAUCACAUCGCUCUGGGCAAAAUAUAUUUUCUCUUUGGGGGAAAAGUCUUUUCUAGUUGGCUCCUAAGAGGGGGGACAACCUUGGGUUAGUGGGAGAAGUCGUGGCUUCGAGGCCUAGUGAAGCCGCCAUUUCCCUAACCUGGGUGGCCUUGGGCUCCUCCUUUCUGCUUAAAAUGAGGGUCAGGCUGGCAUUGUGGAGGCAGCCAAAGGACCUGAGGGGAGACACCACCCAGGUGGCCUUGGGCACAUCCUCUAGCCUCUGCUGGCCUCAGUUUCCUCACCUGUAAAAUGUGGGGAUUGGGCUGGAUGGCUUCAGAGAUCGCUUCCAGCUCGGCCUCUGGGAUCCUCUGAUUCUCUGCCUCCUCAGGGUCCACACUAGAGCGCCAGGCCACGGGGAUCGGGCUGGGCCAGCUUCCCUUCACCAGCGCCCCCCCAGUGGGCAGGCCCAGGGUUGGGAGCAGCCAUGUGGCAGCACCAAAAGAAGAGAGAAGUAGCACCUAGUCAUCGGUCAGUUGGGGUUCCUGGACCUUAAGGUAAAACCGUCCGUCCUUGACCGAGCCCCAUUGGGAAGGUCCACCACCCACCAAGGGGACGGCAGUCGUCCCCAAGCAGUCAUCGCCCCCAUCUUGCCCUGGUGCUCUCACGUUUGCUGCAUCACCAGUACAGCUGCCCCACCUGUGAGCCCUCCCCUACCUCCAUGAAGCCCCGCUCUGGGCCCAGCCUCCCUCACUGGAUCUCACCAUUGCUGGUACUUCUCUCAUUGAUUCUAAUGCAGCCCCAGGGCUGUGUUGACUGGAUGAGAACCCUAAAAACACCUUGUAGGCCCCCAAGACGGAAGCCCCAAAGGAUGCAGUGCAGCUUAUCUUUCUUUGUGGAAUCCUCCCCAUUCUUCCCAUAUCCAUCAUUGCCAAGGUCGUGCCGUAGCAGGUGAUGGGAGGGGGGCAGACAAUCUGACCGGCCCAACAGAGAGCCGGCUGCCUCUGAGCUUUACUGGGGUGAUCGUGGUCAGCAGAGUUCUUGUUCAGGUCCCAUCUUGGACUUUGCAUUGCUUGGCUUGAAAACUGUUUCUUCAGAUCUGUGAGGGGGGAGGGUGUAUGCCCAACUGUUGGCUUGGUUCCUAAUCUUGUCUAGUUUUACAUUAAAAUACAUGGGAAAUCGGGGCAGCGAGGUGGCACAGUGGAUAAAAUACUGGCCCUGGAUUCAGGAGAACCUGAGUUCAAAUCCGGCCUCAGACACUUGACACUUACUAGCUGUGUGACCCUGGGCAAGUCACUUAACCCUCAUUGCCCCACCAAAAAAAAAAAAAAAGGAAAAAAAAAUACAUGGGAAAUCCCCAACCCUGCAGAGUGCCAACAGUGUUGAUGAACCUCCUAAGCUUUCUGUGUUAGGAAAUUCUCAGUCCCCAGUAAAAGCCUCUCCC